AUGAAGCUCAACUUCACAGUCGAUGCCCCCAACUCGCUCAUACAUUAUGUGUCGAGUGGCUGGCAACUGGUACCUUCAACCGAUCCGUCCGUGGACCGGACCGGGAUUUGGGUUUAUGGUGCAAAGCGCCAGAAUCAUGGAAACUAUUUCGUGAAUUUGGAUGGUGCAGUCAGCGAAUACAGUGGUUAUAGCCCCAUUGACACGUUUCAAAAUGUUUUAUUUGGGCGAACAGACCUUGCACCUGAACUGCACUCCCUGAGCGUCACAAACGGGGGCUCUGACCACUAUUUCGAUAUUGACUAUAUCAUAUGGGAGGCUAUCAUUGCAGACUAUUCAACGUCGUUACUGGUCGAUGAUUCAAGCCGGUUUGAUGCAAACGGCAGUGUGCUCAUGUUCGAGUACCUCCCCAGUCAAUUUCUCUGGGAUAUUGGUACCUUUGACAAUGGGUCAUAUGACGAUACGAUUUCAUCAACAAACACGAACUAUGCUCGAACCUCCAUUGUUGUUCCAUCCACAGCUGAUGCCGUUGCUGUCUACGGAAAAGUUGGACCCAGCCACGGAAGUUAUGCGUGUGGUAUAAACAAGACGAUAGUCGACCCAGUGCUCCAGACUAUGAACGGCAACGCGGGCUUGUUCAGCGACGACGCGAUACAGCAAUUAUUGUGUUACUUCCUUGGGCUGGGCGACCAUCUAUCUCCAACCCUUCUCACUAUCGCUAACAACAUCAAUAGCGCUAGUCUCUCCAUUGACUACGUCGAAGUAUGGGGAUCCUCCCUUGACCCCAGUACCCCUUUCAUCGCUUCCACAACUGCCGCUCGGACAUCUUCGCGAACUGCAAGUCCAACCCAAAAUAGAUCGUCAAAAUCGACUUCCACUAAUGUGGGGUCGAUAGUCGGCGGCACUGUAGGAUGUUUGGUGGUUAUUACAGUAGCUCUCAUAGCAACAUUCAUUUUCCAUCGUCGACGACAACGUAAACGCGACAUCACGCCCCGUCACCGAGAUGUGACGGAAACGAUGCUAGGUCCCGUCUUUGAUGCCGCUCCCUAUCCCGUCCCUUACUAUUCCAGUGUCCUUCGGGACAUUGCACAUUUAACAAACCCACCCACUCGCCCCUCGGACGAACAUGUUUCCUCGUCCGGCCUGGUUCGCCAGAACUCGAGAACUCUGUCAGAAUGGACAGCUCCUGCAAGCCAGACGACAGGAAAUCCUCAACUUUUCGAUGGGCGGAGAGCUAUUAUACCCCGAAACGGCCUCGGAUACGACCCAUCACCACUGUUAGAUCUUUAAAAUGAUCUUUGUAAUGCAGAUGGGUAUAGGGGUUGUGCGUGGUCUUUGUCUAAUGCCUAGGGCGCACCGCUUUGUCCCAGAGAGUUACCUUAAUUAUAAUAUAAUUUAUGAUAUGCAUGGGUUUUUAUUUCCUUCAUAUGGGCUUCUGUGAUUUAUUUCAGAUUUUUCCCUCAUGAUCUAAGGUUGUUUUGCACUUUCCAUGCUUUGUUUUGACCGGGCUCUUCCUUAUUUG